UAACAUUGUUACCUAGGAUAGUUCUACCUACAUAACUGUAUUUUACACAAACAAGAAACAACUUUGAUCCCGCAUUGAAGUUUCCAGAAAUUUGCUACACUCAUUUUUCUUAGAGAACUAUCAAACCGCAAAUUAUAUUUUGAACCAACCAAAAUGACAUAACUAAGCGCCAACUUAAAUCACUUUCUUCUCAGAAAGGAGAUAAAAACAAUUGAAAGCCAAAUCAUCUUCUUCUCUUCUCAGUCUAUGCCAAAUAUAGAGGCACCCUGUCGCUUCCUUCAGAACUUCUGCGAGCUGGUUGAAGUUUUAUUCUAAGAAUAAAACUAUUUGCGAAGUAGGAACAAAUAGUAAGAAUUAUUAGAUUGCGUGUGUUUUUCUUCUUUUUCAGUUUUCUUUUCAUUCCAAACGAUAUUGGAAUGCAUUGCCUAUUAAUUUUGUUUCACUGAAAGAUUUCAGCCUCAGCAUUGGAGGAAAAAUUAAUGCUUUAAAAAAACUAUAUGACGUAAUUAGUUUGUCUGUUUUUAAUGGUAAUUUCCUUUUAUAAGAAAAUAAUCUGUCAGGGUAAUGAAUUUCCCGGCUUUGUUCAAUCUGAAAUAAUAAUUAGCAAACGGCUCAAAAGCAAUGCACUCUCUCACGUCAAAGGCAGUUAAAUUUGAGGAAGCAAUAGGUGAUGAACCCGCAGACUUUGUAGCUUCAUUGUACCACAAGCCCCUAUUGAGUUCCACUAUGCCUUCUACAUUGAUGACGACGUAUUUGAUCGUACUUUUUUCCACUGGAUGUAUCCUUCAGUCUGCAGUGGCCUCUGAACAUCAGCUUAAAGCGGUUUUCAGUAUGAGCGGAAUAAAAGGUUACGUGAUAUUUUCGCCAUCACAACAUGAAGGCUCCACAAGUGUCACGGUUAACUUAACAGGCAUUGACGAGACUCUAGCAUGGCGCAUUCAUGAACUGCCUAUGAUCUACGACGGUAAUGCGGCUAUGAGCUGCAGUGGAUCUGCAGUGGGAGCUGUUUUCGAUCCUAGAAUGGCCAUGGAAGCCGGAGACUACAACAGUUCGUGCAGUUUACAAAGUCCAACAAGGUUUGGAGCAUGCGCAAUUGGAGACCUGACGGGAUUACUUGGAAAUCUUGACCCUAAUUCAACACAGCAAAAUUUCACAAACCUGAGUUUGAUCAUUCCAAUAAAAGGUCCACACAACAUCAUGGGUAGGACACUUGUGUUAUACAGCGGUGAAACACCCAAAGCAUGCGCCCUCAUAACUCUAAAAAGGCCCAUGUUAACAGCUGUAGCUGCAUUCAAGGCUCCUGUAGCGGGUGUUGUGUACUUUAGACAAGCAGAUGUAAACUCGGACACCAAUGUCUUUGUCAAUCUUUUCUACGUCAAUGACGCCACAUCCGAAGAGGUAUUUACUUGGAAAAUUCAAGAUUCAUCUUCUUGUGGAAAGGUAAGCGCCACAUUCAACCCUUAUGGCACAGAUAAGAGGAACUGCAGCCAGAUCAACGACAAGUAUUGUUCCAUUGGCGAUUUGACGUCCAAACAUGGCAACAUCACACUAUCUAUGGCGACGAAAAACCAAUCCAAAACGAAGGCUGCCCUUACAGAUUCCAACCUUCCCCUUAGUGGUGCUAAAGGUGUUAUCGGUAAAGUAAUUACCUUGUUCUCCAGCAAUGACACGCUGAGGCCUUUCGCCUGCGCCAAAAUCAUGAAAGUGAAACCAAAGGUUGUCAGAGCUUCGUUCGAUCCAAACAUCCAUGAUGGUGUGGGAGGAUACGUUAAGAUUACCCAGCCGUCUCCUUUUGAUCCUUCCAUAACAGAAGUCAACCUUACUGGUCUAAGAAAAGAGUCCCAGGGAUAUCACGUGCACAACUAUCCCAGUCCAUGGCAGAUGCAGUACACCGGUAUGGAAUCUUGUGCUGGAGGAUACCUGGGUGGCCACUGGAAUCCCUUUGGUAUUAACACUAGUUCCAGUCCGCCUCCAGGAAGUGGCACCAAUGAUGAAUACGAGAUCGGAGACCUGAGUGGAAAAUAUGGAUCGCUAUUAAACUUGACAAGUUACAAAGGAGAGCACAUUGACUACAAUCUGCCAUUAUUUGGGAAAAACAGCAUCCACGGCCGUUCUAUUGUAAUCCACAAAAUGAAGACGAUGGGAGGCUUGAGAUGGGUGUGUGCAGAUGUGCGCCAGGUGAUGGAAGGGGACAACAUGUUUGCAAUGAAAACAAAGAUAACUUUCACAGGACCUACUCUUAAGGGAUACAUUCUAUUGAUCCAAUACAAGGAGAAAGACGACUCUAUGAUGCCAGAGGAAACCUCAAUUUACGUUGAUCUCAAAUACGUUUCAAACUCCAGCCAAAAGAGCCUGAAUCACAAGUGGCACGUCCAUGUAAACCCUGAAGGGGGUGACACUUAUGCACCCAUGGGUGAAAGGUGUAAAAGUUUGGGAGGACAUUACAACCCCUAUGAAGUUGAUUUGAAAGGAACUUACAAGUCAUCAUGCUUCUCUAGUAAUAUGCUGAGGUGUGAAGUCGGCGACCUUUCCGGCAAACAUGCGAUGCUAAACGUUGGAACAGGACAGAGUUUCUACACUGAUCCUGACCUUCCCUUGUUUGGAGAAAUGUCAGUUAUUGGUCGUGGAGUUGUGGUGCAUGCAGAAAACGCUGGGGCUGCCCGCUUGGCUUGUGCUUCCAUUACACCAGUUUCUUCGUUGUACAUUGAGAAAACACUGAAGUAUGUCAAGGGAGCCACAUUUUCCAAAGUGACCUUCACAAAGACAAUUAGCGCUGUACUUAAAAUCCCAUCAUGGCGGUUGUUUUAUAUCCGAACAGAGGGCAGUGAAGUUCAAGACUGUGUCACAGUCAAAUUUGGGAUCAUUGGAAAUGAGAGGCAAGUCAGUGAGCCAUCCCAAACAUUUGACUUCAUUAUGGAACGCUCUCCAGCAAAACUAGGAGAAUUUUGGCCAACAAAGAGUUGCCAUGUCUCCACAAGUAACCCUACAGAUUCUGAUGGACUCACACCUACAACAAGUGGAACACCUAUGAAUCACAUGAAAGAAUUUCUAAUGCUUGGCUUGAUUUUACUGGCAGCACUUGCAAAUCUAAGAGCAUGAACUUCAGUGAAGUGCCAUUAUGACAUCUCCUAUCCAAGUGUCACUACAACAAUAAGACCAUCCCGCUUCAGCUGGUGGGAAGAGGAUAAUUAUUAUCAAUCAAGCAAUUAUAAUAGGAUUGAGAGGAGGUGUAAGGCAGUACUCCAACUGAGCCUCAGGAACCUGUCAUAUGUAUCGAAUACCAUACACCCAUUCAUUUGAACUAGAAUUCAUGGUUCUAAUGACUUGUUAUUUAAAAGAACUUAACAUAACAAAUUCAUAACUAAGAUACAGUUUUUAAUUUUGUCAAUGAUAAGGAUUGUUGUUUUAUUUUUAAUAGUGUACAUAUUUAGAUUUUUCUUUUCUUCAAUGAUUGUCUAAACUAUGUACAAAUAUGUCAAUUAAAUUCAUACUGUAAAAUAUUUAAAAAUUGGAAAGUACCACUGGAUUUUUAGUAAAAGUGGAGCUCUAGUAAUCCAUCAUUAUUAUUCUAUUUAUUCUAUAAUGCCGUGUUUUUACGGCUGUUAGUUAGUUUAUUUUGUAAUGUCAUUGUAAAUCAAAUUCGUAAUCUAUUGUAAUGAGUUGUUAUGAAUCGUUUCAAAUGUUUGAAAUUUCGACCUCUCUUCUUGCCGAAUUUUCUUCUCAAAGAUCCAAAUGGAAAGAGUCAAAACAAACUUAAUGACCGCCACUUGUCCAAUCAAGAGGCGUGCUCUUUUGAUUGUUCAUAACUUGGUACAUGAAAUACAACUUUAGACUGAGCAAGAAGUGAAUAAAAAAAAAACAGUGUAGUAGAAA